AUGGAAGUAUGUCCCUUGUGCAAGCAGAUUUUCUAUGGGACUAGAAACUAUUUGGCAGAAGACUUGAUUAAGACUAUAUGGAAUUUGAAUAUACCACUGCAAGCAAGUUUUAGUCAACAUGAAAGAAAAGAUAAGAGAGCUAUAUCCCAUCCUAAAUUCUGUCCUGGUACAUUCCCUUGUGUGUUCAAGUCAUGUACUAAAGAGCAACCAGCAGCACAUGUGCUGACUCACUUGCGGUAUCACCAUCCUACAAUACUCAGAAAGGUCCCUAGUACACAUAAAUUCAAAGAAAAAUGGGAGUUGGAGUACCUGCCUGAUUGCAAUUAUCCAGCUGCUAUUUAUAUACCAAACAUGGGUCUCUUUUAUUUGGUAGUAAAUGUAAACUGUGAUGGACACUUGGAUGCUAUAGCCCAAAUGGUGGCUUCAGAUGAAGUUGCAUCUACUUUUAAGUAUAAAGUCACUGUUUCUGACAUCAGUGAUCGUAAAAUGUUCACUCACUCAAGUAAAGUGUCUUCAUGUCGUGAAAGUACAGAAUGGAUACAAGAAGUCAAUGGACUUCGCCUAACACUGACUGCCAUGGAAAUGUUAAGCAUGUGUAAAAAAUAUGGAGAAAAUUUCCACUGCAAAUUAUCACUUAAACGUGAAGAUACUGAGGAGGAAAUAUAG